AUGAGUCCGAACCAUCCGACAAACCGUCCCCUUGCAGGCAAAACUGCUAUCGUUACCGGUGCGUCCAGGGGAAUUGGUGCCGGCAUCGCCCUGGAGCUAGCACAGAAAGGGGCCAACGUGGUAGUCAACUAUGUGUCGGAUCGCAGCCGUGAAGCAGCCGUCAAUGUUGUCGCUCGGAUUGAAGAAUACGGUUCAAAAGCUCUUCUUUGCCAGGCAAGCAUGAGUGUCUUGGAUGACUUGCCCAAGCUUGUCAAAGCUGCGGUAGAGUUCAGCACCACCGGAAAAAUUGACAUUCUAGUUCAUAACGCUGCCCUCGGAGAGGAUGCGUUUUUGAAAGAUGUCUCGCUUGACUUUUACAACAGACAUGUUGAUUGCAACUUGCGAGGACCAUUCUUCCUGACCCAGCAAGUUCUUCCCUAUCUACCAAAGGGUGGUCGGAUCGUGCUGGUUUCAUCCGUUGCUGCUCGUCUUGGCGUUCCAAUGCAGAGUAUAUACUCAGCAACAAAGGCUAGUAACGAGGCCUUGGCUCGUGUGUGGGCUAAAGAGCUAGGUCAGGACUAUGGCGUCACAGUCAAUUGUGUCAACCCUGGGCCCGUGGCAACAGAUCAAUGGAGGCAAAGCAACGAAGAGUUCCUGAAGGAAAUGCAACCGAUUAUUGAAUCAACUCCCGCUGCGGCCAGAGUGGGGGAGGUUGAAGACAUUGCCCCUUUGGUUGCUUUCCUUUGCUCAGAGGAGGCUCGCUGGGUGACUGGAUCUGUUCUUUCUGCCAAUGGAGGAUUGUAUAACUAG